AUGCCCCGCUCAGACGAAGCGCAAGCCUUCUUCCACGCCGUAUACUCAGCCGUCCAAGAGAUCCCCCAUGGCAAAGUCACUACAUACGGCCACAUCGCCAUGCUCGUUGGAACCCGUGCACAACCCUCCCUCACACACCCAAAACCUGAAGUCCCUAACAUCCUACAGCUCAAAGACCUCCCCUUCAACCACGACAACGUCCCAUGGCAAAGAGUCAUAAACUCCAAAGGCCAAAUAUCACCCAGAUCUCAACCUGGGGGAUCUCGCUCACAAGCUGAUGCCCUCCAAGCAGAAGGCGUACAAGUCGAGACAAACGCAAUGGGUGAACACUCCGUAGACUUCUCCCAAUACGGCUGGUUCCCAGACCUACUCCCCUCAGAAGAAAACGAUCAAGGCGAAUGA